GGACAGACAGCCUGUGGACAAAGGGAGUGACAUGAUUCUGGCGUCCACCUUCUCCACGUCUGGCAGCUAUUUUGCUUUAACUGAUGACAGGCUGUGGUGAGGAGGUGCACGGCGCUCACCUUCACGGCCUCCGAGGAGCGGGUCUUGGUAGCCGACAAGUCUGGAGACGUCUACUCCUUCUCGGUGCUGGAGCCCGAGGGACCAGGCAGGCUAGAGCUCGGGCACCUGUCCAUGCUGCUGGACGUGGCCGUGAGUCCUGAUGACCGCUUCGUGCUCACUGCAGAUCGUGAUGAGAAGAUCCGCGUCAGCUGGGCAGCCGCGCCGCACAGCAUUGAGGCCUUCUGCCUGGGGCACACGGAGUUUGUGAGCCGCAUCUUUGUGGUGCCCGGUCACCCCGAGUUGCUCCUGUCCUCCUCUGGGGACGGUACCUUGCGGCUGUGGGAGUACAGGAGUGGCCUCCAGCUCCAUUGCUGCGACCUGGCUAGCCUGCGGGCGCCGGCGGAAUCCAAGGACCACAAGGGCCUUGCUGCGUCCAGGAUUACAUUCUGGGGCCAGGAGAGCUGCGUGGCAGUGCUGUGUGACUGCGUUCCUGCCGUGUUCAUCUUCCAGCUCGACGCUGACACGCAGCAGCUAGUAUUCAGACAGCAGCUCAGCUUCCCCCAGCGGGUGUGGGACGUCGUGUUCGAGGAUGGCCGGGGGCUGUGGGUUUUGCAGGACUGCCGUGAGGCCCCCCUGGUGCUCUGGAGGCCUGUGGAUGGCCGGUGGCAGCCUGUCUGUGAAAGCCCCGUGUCCCAGAGGCUCUCCAGCCGGCUCCGCGGGGACUGGGCCAUGUUGGAAGGCUCCGUGAGUGCGGAGGAUAGCUUCCGCAGCCUCUACAAGGCCACCUUCGACAACAUGGCCUCCUACCUGAGGAAGAAGGGGGAGAGGCUGCAGCAGCAGCGGGGGAGGAAGCGGCCGCAGAGCCCUCCGCCGGGGCCCAGCAAGAGGGCCCGGCCGGGCCCGCAGCCCUGACCCGCGGACCUCGCCCACAGCCCCCUCCCCCCGCCCGCGGCCACUCAUCAGGAACGGGGCGCAGAUAGGUCUCCAGCAGCUCGGCACAGCACAACCCCUCUCCAGACUCCAGAACGUUCUGCCUUGCUGGAUACAGCACUUGUCUGGCAUCUUUUCACUAGUUCUGGUAUGGAAAGCGCUGUGAGCGCUUUGUGCUCACGCCGCAGG